UCAACUUGUAGACCCACGCCGUCAGUUUAGGAUAACCCCGUCUGCCCAAGUUUACUCCCGUCUGCCUAAUUACUCCUGUCAGUCUAAUUUUACUUCCGUCAGCUUCAGGAUGCCCGGUUACAUGUGUGCUCUUCCUUUACUCCCCUGUCAGCCUUGAAGACUUGCUGACGGUCUGAGGCAAAAUGUAUCAAAGUCAUUGUGAAAGAGAUAUUAAAUAAAUUGAGUAAUACAUUCUCAGCAGAUACUGUUGGACUAGUAGGAAUAAAAACCCGAGUUGAGAAAUUGAAGUCACGCUUAGCUAUGGAGUCAAAUGAUGUUCGCAUUAUGGGAAUUUGGGGGACAGGAGGAAUGGGUAAGACAACUCUUGCUAGAGUUGUUUAUGGUAUGAUUUCCAAUAAAUUUGAAGCUUGUAGUUUUAUCGCUAAUAUUAGGGAAGAAUCUAAAAAAUGUGGUUUACAUAAGAUACAACAAAUACUUUUGAGGGAACUUUUGAAUGAUAGAGAUUUGAAGGUACACAAUGAUCAUAAUGGAGUUCUCAUGAUAAAAAGUAGGUUACGUAACAAAAAGAUCCUUCUUGUUCUUGAUGAUGUAACUGAAUUAGACCAAUUGAAGAAGUUAGCUGGGGAGAAUUGUUGGUUUGGUUCAGGUAGUAGAGUUAUGAUAACAACAAGAGAUAAGCAUUUGUUGGUGUCGCAUGAAGUAAAAGAAAUAUAUGAGGCUGAAGUCUUGAAUCAUGAGGAAGCUCUUCAACUUUUUAGUUUGAAAGCUUUGAAAAUGGACCAUCCACCUGCAGAUUAUGGAAACCUAUCUCAAGCUUUUGUAAAUUAUUCUAAGGGUCUUCCUUUGGCCCUUGAAGUUUUGGGUUCUUUCUUGUUCGGAAAAAACAUUGAUGAAUGGAAAAAUGGAUUGGAUAGGCUCAAUGAAUUUCCUGAAAGAAGAAUUCUUGAUGUGCUUCAAAUAAGUUUUGAUGGACUACGAUCAACAGAAAAGGAAAUUUUCUUAAAUAUUGCAUGUUUUUUUAAUCACAUGUAUCCAGAUUUUGUCAUAAAAAGACUAGACUAUCUUGGGCUUUAUCCUAAAAUUGGAUUAAAGGUUCUCAUUGAUAAAUCUCUAGUUAAAUUGCAUAAUAAUCAAUUGUGGAUGCAUGAUUUACUACAAGAAAUGGGGCGAGAUAUAGUUCAUCAACAGUGCCCUAAUGACCCCGGGAAACGUAGUAGAUUAUGGUUGUUUGAAGAUAUUGACAAUGUGUUGACAAAAAAUACGGGAACAGAGGCAAUUCAAGGCAUGGUACUAAAGUUGCAUGAACCAAAAAAUGUAUAUUGGAAUCCUGAAGCCUUUUCAAAGAUGCAAGAUCUAAAAUUGCUUGAAAUUUGUGGUGUUUAACUUAUGCAUGGUCUCAGACAUCUUCCUAAUAGUUUAAAAAUUCUUGAUUGGAGAGGGUACCCUUCAAAAUCGUUGACAUCAAGUUUCCAAUCAAAGAGUUUUGAGAAUUUGAAAUUCAUUGAGCUAAGUGAAUCUCAAAAACUUAUUGAAGCCCCAGACAUCAUUAAAGUCCCAAAUCUUGAGAGUUUGGUUCUUGAAGGUUGUAUAAAUUUACCUAAGAUUCACCCAUCAAUUGGAAUUCAUAAAAAGCUUAUCAUUCUUAAUUUACAAGGAUGCAAGAAUCUCACAAGUCUUCCAAGCAAGUUUGAAAUGGAGUGUCUUACGGACCUUAAUCUUCAUGGUUGCUAAAAAAUAACAAGAAUUCCAGAAUUUGGGAGAAACAUGAAACAUUUACAAAGUCUUCUAUCGAGUGCUACUGCAAUUACAGCACUACCUAAGUCAAUUGAGCAUUUGACUGACCUUGUUAGUUUGAAUCUAAGUGAGAGCAAAAAUCUUGUGUGUUUACCUCAUACAAUUUUUAAUUUUAAGUUUAUUAGAUUCAUCAUUCUUGCGAGAUGCUCAAAACUAGAUAGACUGCCAGAGAACCUAGGGAAUGCCGAAAGUCUACAGCGGUUGGAUUUGAGAGGAACUGCUAUAAGAUAGGUCCCUUCUUCCAUUGGUCUCUUAAAAAAACUUAAAUGGCUAUCUAUCUGUGGAUGUAAGGGGUUAUCAUCAUCUAAUAAAUUGUGGUAUGAGGUCCUCCCGUUUUAUUCAAUGCCAACAAGUCCUCAUCCCAUGGACUUGCUAUUCUCUUCUCUAUCUCUAUCACCUGCAUCUUGUUUGACCGAAUUGGAUUUAAGUGGCUGCAAUCUCAAGGCAAUCUCCAAUGAUAUUGGUUCCUUAUUCUCUUUAUAUGGGUUGGAACUAAGUGGAAAUGAUUUUGUUUGCCUUCCGGAAAGCAUCAUUCGACUUUCGAAAUUGAAACGGAUGAGGUUGAAUAAUUGCACAAGUCUUCGAUCAUUGCCAAAGCUUCCAUUGAAUAUUGCCGAAGUUGAGGCAGAAGGUUGUAUCUCACUGGAAAUGUUAGCAGAUCCAUUAAAACAAAGUGAUUCAUUGGAGCCAUCUCUCUAUCUUCAUAAUUGCUUUAAAUUGGCUGACAAUCAAAGCUGCAUAGACUGGUUUAUCUCAGGGAUAAAAAAGUCCCUCAAGCUCUCUUCCUCUCUCCCUCUCUCAUUCCUAGAAAAGAAAUAUAACAUUGUUAUUCCCGGAAGUGAAAUUCCUGAGUGGUUUAGCCACCAAAGAGUGGGGAAUGAAGUGAAAAUAAAACUACCUUCUCAUUUGUAUAAGAAGGUGGGAAUUGCUAUUUGCGCUGCGUUUAGUACGCAUUAUGUUGUUCCAGAUCUAAUCUACUCUCUUCCCUGUUCAUUGACAGUCAAAGGAAAAACACUGCUUGCUAGUAGCUGUUCCUUAAUUGAUAAGGUUUUAUCAGAUCACCUUUGGCUAGGCUAUGUGACUCCUCAAUUCUUAGACGAGAACUUUAAUAAAUUAUUGUCGGAAGGUGAUGCGAAUGGAUUCAGUCAGAUUAGAAUUGAAUUUGAAACCUAUGACUCAAUCUGGGAGGUAAAAAAAUGCGGGUUGCGUGUGAUUUACAAGAAAGACAUAGAAGAUCUUGACCAAACAAUGGUCCAGUGUAGCAACAGCAGCAUCACUCCUUAUGGGGACUUGGAUGUUUUCCAUCAUAAUUUCAACAAUUCGGCAAUGGUAGUGGAAUGUCACAAAGUCAAGCGCAGUCAUGAUGAUUGUGACGGGGCUGGAGCCAGUGGAGAAGGAAGCUCUAAUGACAUACCAAACCCAAAAAGGAUUAAAAGGCACACAGAAACCCAUGGUAACUCUGAUUGUGAGGAGUCAAGUGAGUACAAGGAAUGUGAUGAAGAGUUAAGCGACUGUGAUGCUUAAUCAACGUUUCAGCCCAUUUCAAAUCAUGACCAAGGCCAACCACCCAUGCCCAUUUCACAUGUUCAUAUUUAUAGUAAUCAGACCCAUGCAGGCAAGCAAGUAUUUAACAAGAUUGAAAAUGGGAUAAGGUAGUAUGCUUAGAUUUGUAAACCUUGCUUUACUUGUUAUUUUUGUUUUGAUGCAUUACGCCUACAAUUAUAUACCUUUAUAGUAAAUUGAUAAUAUACCUUUAUAGACAUCCAAGUAUGUACAUAUGGUUCCAAUUUUUUUGCAUGUCAACAAAGGGGUGUCUUAUGAAACUGUUUAGGCUCUGUUAAUGUUGUGGCAGAUGUGCUAGUCAAAGAUACUUUUAGCCCAGAUGGAUGUGCAGGGUAACUAACAAUUCAAAAAACAAACAAAAGCCUAAACAGCCAAGAUAAGCAAAUCUAGACCUUUAGAGAGGGUUCAACUGCAACCGAUCCUAUUGGAGGAGAGCUGCAAGGAUAGGGGAUGGAAAUAGUGGGGAUCCAAUUUCUUUUUUUAAAAUAGAGAAUGUGCAUGUUCAUAGCUGCUUGUGAGCAGUCAAGUGAGUGAUUAGUGACCUGAGAUUUUUUCAUUGGAAGGAAUUUUGCGAUGUGACCCAGAAGGUUAAUCAACUUUUUUCUCUCUAUCACCAAUCGUGACCAGGGCAAAACUGUUCAUGCUCAUUUCACAGGAUAAAACAAAGCAGAAGACUUAUCUCCAUGGGUAACUUAGCUUGGUUACCCUAUCAAAGUGACUCAACUAGAAUUAGAAUCAAAGGAUAACAGAAGUUAAACCUGAGCGUACGACAAACUUAGCCAUAAAUUACUAACCUAAUUCUCUGGUGCAUAUUCAAUUCGGCAAGCAACUGUGCAGAAAAGGUUGAAAAAUACAGAAGGUAUCCUGCUUUGAUUGGACCUGAAUAGAGAGCUGUACUCACCAGAAGUGGCUGCUCAAAUUUUAGCUAUCUCUAUCUCAAGCUGUGGAGUUACUGAUAAGCUGCUAUGGCCUUAUACAACACAACAUAGUGAGUGAAACCAAGUGUCUUAUGCAAUGAGGAAGACAACUUGGAUCAUUUAUUCCUGAAGCACAGUCUUGCUUGGACUGUAUAACCUCAACACAGUGAUAUUUGAGGGUGCAAAAAAGUGUACUUAUCAGCUAAUGCUCAGUAAAGCUUUGUUUUGUAGGUAUGCACAAGCCUAUGAUGCACAACAUGUUGAUUAGAGUAACUACUGGAGAGUACCAAGGCGAGUGUGUCCAGUCGUGGAGGGAUGGCAAGUGUUGCUGACAGUUGAGGGGCACUGGCAGAGCAGAUGCAAAUGGGGUUGUUUUGCCUAUGAAGCUAAAUCAUGGGCUGGCAGAUAAUUUUUCAGGCUGUUCCAGUAAUGCCGUAUGCAAACGAGCGGAAGCUUACUGUUUGAGAAGCAUAUUUUCCAGGUUUGUUUUGGUUAGUGGAAGAUUGGAGAACCUGUGGAAAAGAAGAAGGUUCCUUGGCAACUUGCUAUGUUGAUUGAAGAACACAAGUGCAAGGAAGUUGGAGAACAGUGGUGUACAUUUGCUAUGCAUGGGAGUCACUAAUGAGGCUAGAGCCCUGGUUACUCUUGCUUCUAACUCUUUUAUGAACAUUUUUUGGGCUUGUAACUCUAUCACUGGAGAGUUAACUUUAGCAGUCUAGAUAAUAUAUAGCCAAUUUGUUUCAAUAGUGGGACUUUAGAGUUACUUUCAGCAAAAUUGUUCAUGUUUAGUUGAUAUUCAUCACAUGUUAAUAGAUAGUCAAAAUUGCCAAUGAGCUGGGUAGCUCAAAUUGUAUUUUCGUCCCUCCAAAUUAUGUACCAAAAAGUAAUCAUGAGGCUCAAAGGUAAU